CAAGCUCAUUUCCACCUUAGAACUUCUAAUUUGCUGUGCCCCGCCCCCCGCCCAAAACGCUGAUCUUGUCACAGCCCAGAAUGCCUCAGCUCAAAUGUCACCGACUCAGAAAUACUUCCCUGAUCACUCCAGGGGUUCUGUCUCAUUACCCUGCUUUAUUUAUAGCCUUGAUUACUAUCUGGAAUUCCUAUUUCUGUAUACAUUUACUGAUUUGUUAUCUGUCCCACCCCAAUAGAAUAUAAAUUGGAUGAUGGCAGAGAUCUUGUCUUUCUUAUUCCCUGCAGCUCUCCCUGAGGGGGGAGGCAGGUGAGAAACUCUCAGACAACCCCAUCUGUAAUUGCAAGUUGUGGUAAGUGCUACCUAAGCAACUAGUAGCAGUUGCUAGUAACUGAAGCACUUGAACUAUUUUAUUGUCAAAACAAGCUCUCUAAGCCAUUUUCGAGGUGAAGAGAAACCUGUAAAAGACUGGUAAUAUGCCCCAGAUCACACAGUGAGUGGAACCAGCCUCCUACCCUAAGAACAUGUAUGUGGCAAGCUUUAAUGGUGGACUUGCAGUCAGGUUCUUUCGGGCUUGCAGUCAUGUUCUGGAAAGAACCUGAUCCUGGAUCCUGAAGACCUCUGUUCUUUGCUCUUCCACUAACUAGCAAGCCCCUUAAUUUCUUCGUACUUCAUUUUCUUCAGCUUUUAAAUGGGAAGACCCUAUUAUUAUUUUGGGCUUUUUGUUUUUCUAGUACACCAAAGAAGCAGCACUUCUUGGUGGAGCCCUCUUGCUAUCUGCGGCUAGGGGUACAUAUGGCAGGGCGUCAGAACCCUCCCCAACGCUGACCAACCUGCAGGGCAGAAAUGGGUCCUAGAUCUGAAUCUGAUUUCUUUUGGUCAUCAAUUCAUUUUUAAGCAAACUUAUUGAAGGCCUCUAGGACUCAGGCAGUAAUAAAAUUGGACGAUUAAAGAAAGAAGCAAACAUUCCAGAGAGUUGAGAAAGAAAGGAGUCAUUGCCUUUUGUCCGACCCCAGUCCCAACUCUGCUGCCCUAUGUGGUGUGUUUUCUUCCAGUCUUUUUUUCCCUCUCCGUCAGUCCUUUUAUGGGCCAGAGCCCUCUGUCUCUUCAGAACCUGGACAGCGAUGACGUUUGCCGAGGAUAAGACAUACGAGUAUAUCCGCCACCAUUACAGCAAUUUUGUCGACCGCGUUCAUGUUCCGGAGAUCCUGCCUUACCUGUCCUGCCUCACCACAAGUGACCAGGACCGACUGCGGGCCUCUUGCCAGCUCUCUGGGAACCAGGGCACCCUCUGGGAGCUCUUCAGCAGCCUUCGGCGGCGGAUCGGCUGGGUGGAAUCCCUCAUCAAGGCGCUAAGAGCCUGUGAGCUGGUGGAUCUCGCUGACGAAGUGGCCUGCAUCUACCAGAGCAACCUGCCUGGGGUCCAGAGGCCACAGUUAGCUCCUGCUGAGGUUCCACAGCCCUCUAGACCCGCUGUGGCCCCCAGGGCCCCCUACAACGGCUACAGAGAGGAGGAGCCAAGUUUCCCCUUGUCUGUCCAGGACACCCAGCCACCAGAGUCCCUGGAAGAGAGUUUAAAGAAAGUCCCACAGAUGCCCCAUUUUGGGGCUGUCCUGAGGAGGCCAUCCAGCCCCCUGGAGCCCUCCUCUGACAUGGCAGCCUUCAGCCCUCUGACCUCCAGUGGACAUCGAGAGCAGGACACAGAACUGGGCAGCGCCCACACGGCAGGCGUGGCCUCCAGCCUCACCUUGCCCUGUGGGCCUGUGUCUCCGACUGCCUCCUUCCAGCCCUUGACCCGUUCCAUCCCCAGGGCAAGCCGUUGGCCUGCACCCUCCGUCUCCGCUCCACCUCCUGGCACCUCCUCCUUUUCCACGGGCUCGGCCUGUGCAGGGGGUGCUGGCGACCACGGUGAGCCUGGUGUCUGCCCCAGUGGGGCAGGGGUGUCUACCAGCUCGUUGACCACCAGCACAGCACCCUCCAGGGUGCCUGCCAACUCAGCAUUUGACAGAAAAGUGCCUUCCAAGUUGCCUGCCUGCUCGAAACCCUCAGGGGCAGUGGCCACGAAUGUGCUCACGAGUCGGCCACCGUCCAAACUGCCUAUCAACUCAGUACAUGCUGGCACAGCACCACCCAGAGUCCUUGCGAGCCUGGUGCCUAAGCACGGGAUGUCCACAAGCACGGUGCCCAGCAAGGUGCCUGCCAGCACAGUGCCCACCAUCAGGAGCAACAUACCCUCAGGGGAGACUGCAGCGGCUCCAGUACCCGCCCGCGUCUCCACCAGAGACAGCUUGCCCGGGCUAGACCCCAGCUCCGCUGGCUGGGGCUCUGAGUUGGAGCUGAGCAAGCCAGGCAGGCUGGCCUCCCGGGUGGACAGUGAGCCAUUCUCGGGCUGCUCUGCGGACCUGGCCCUCAGCUACAGCGAGUCCUUGGAUGCGGGGCCUGACAAUGCCCCAGAGGAGAACGAGUACCAGUCGGUGGAUUCCAUUCGGAUCCAAGUGGCCCAGGACCCCAGCGUCGAGCUGCUGGAGGGUAAUCCUGGGCCGCGUGCCACCCCGCAGCCUCUGGUGGAGGAGGAGUCUGUCCAGGCCAGCCUCUGGGCUCCAUGGCUCGGGGCAGCUGCCGCUGGGGUGCUCCUGGCCAUGAUCCUGACCAUGGUAUACAGGCGCCGCCUACUCCAGUGAAGCCCUGGGCCCUCUCUGCCAUGGAUCUGCUCCCUUCCCCAUGGGACAUCCAGCCCAAGCAUGGACUGUGCUGUCUUCCUGCCUUGUCCCUUUUGUGGGGCUGGUGGAGCCUGGGUCAGAGGGGAGCCAGGGGGCCUCAGGCCAGAUUUCUGUCCCAGCUCAUGCCCUCCCCAUGUGCUCUAGACCUCGCCCACCCUGCAAUCUUUGUUGUCACCUUUAUUCUCUGGAGGAGGUGAGGUACCCCUAUCCGGGCUGUAUACCCAUUUGUCCAAGUCCACAGAUCAGGAGGUGCCACUGGAUUGUGCAGGGGGUUAUCAGUGCCCCCAUCCUGCCCUGGUGCCUGGUGUGCAGCAGGGUGGGGGACCCCACAGGACCUUGCUCCAGACCCCAAAAGCCCAGCCAGUGCUCCAGGAGCAUCAGGGUAGUCCAUCUCCAGGGACAUGGCUGCUUGAGGUCCAUCAAGAAGUAGAGGAGGUCCUUGGGGCGCCUGGGUGGCUCAGUCGUUAAGCGUCUGCCUUCGGCUCGGGUCGUGAUCCCAGGGUCCUGGGAUCGAGCCCCGCAUCGGGCUCCCUGCUCUGCGGGAAGCCUGCUUCUCUCUCUCCCACUCCCCCUGCUUGUGUUCCCUCUCUCGCUGUGUCUCUCUCUGUCAAAUAAAUAAAUAAAAUCUUUAAAAAAAAAAAAAAGUAGAGGAGGUCCAGGCAUUCUCCUGGCCCCUGGGGAACGUAAGGCAGCUGCUAGGCUAAGUACUGCCUCUGAAGCCCCUCUCCAGCCUCCUCACCCCCCCUUCCUUUUCCUUCCCUUCUGGUCUCCAUGCUCUCUAGCUGGGGGGGAGGGGGAGAGGGAUUUGGGGAGAAGAGGCCUGCCGGGCUGAGCUCAGACCAAGGUUUGGAUUUCAGCUCCACCCCUUCCUGGGCUGUGUGGCCUUGGCAGAUGAUCAGACUUCUUGGGUCUUGCUUCCCCACAUGGACAGUGAAUAUCAUGGCUCAUCUCCACUGGGUUCUUCUGAGAUCAAAGCACACAAGUGUUUGUCAAGUGCCUGACCCAGCGUUGGUGAAGACUGAUAGCUUCCCCUACCUCUCCCCUGCGCCGCCUGGUAGACAUGAGGGCAUUAAGAGGCAGAGUGCCCAGUGGGUAAGGGUGUUACUCUGCAGUGUGGGGUGGCCUAGGCCUGCACCCCACUCUUAACUUUCACUCACUCUGUGCUCUUGAUUAACCUCUCUGUGCCUCCGUUUCCUCAGCUGUAAAAUGGGGGUGAAUAGUAAAACUUCCUAUGUAUAAAAACAUAGAUCUCCUAGUGUUGUGAGGAUUAAAUGAGCUUAUCUACAUCAGCCCUA